UAAUAUGUCUCCUUGUUUAUAAUCUGUAUGUCUUUUUUAACUUGAUUCUUUGCCGUGUCGUUUCGGCGAAGAGUGCCAGUAUGAAGUACAAUAAGCUGGUAACGUCCUCCAGGAGGAAAAACAGGAAGAGGCAUUUCAGCGCCCCUUCACAUAUCAGAAGAGUUCUGAUGUCUUCUCCUUUAUCCAAGGAACUGAGGCAAAAGUUCAAUGUUAAAUCUAUGCCAAUCCGCAAAGACGACGAAGUUCAGGUUGUACGAGGACAUUACAAAGGCCAGCAGGUUGGCAAAGUUGUCCAAGUGUACCGUAAGAAGUUUGUUGUGUACAUUGAGAGGAUCCAGAGAGAGAAGGCUAACGGUGCCAGUGCUUAUGUUGGUAUCCACCCCUCUAAGUGUGUUAUUGUGAAACUAAAGAUGAACAAGGAUCGUAAAGCCAUCUUAGACCGUAGAGCAAAGGGCAGAUUCGCAGCUCUCGGUGCAGACAAGGGCAAAUACACAGAGGAGACUGCCACCGCAAUGGAGGCCUCGUAAACAUAGAUUUAAGACCAAUAAAAUACUAAAACUCCA